AUGAUGGAGGAGGUGGGUCUGAAGGAAGAGGAUCUCCAAGAUGUAGUAGUGGAAGAUGAGGAAAUCCCGGAAGAGGCCACCAGAUGGAUGGCGAUCGCCAGAGUCCACACGGAGAGAACCUACAGUCAGUAUUGGUUUUUCAGGAACAUGCGCUCUGCAUGGGAUCUGGCGAAGGACGUGAAAAUCAGACCAUUGGAAGAUAACCUCUACACCUUGCAGUUCGGUUGCCUGGGCGACUGGGAACGGGUGAUGGAGGAAGGACCUUGGACGUUCAAAGGGAAGGCGGUGGUACUGUCGCUUUACGACGGGAUCACAAAGCCCUCCUCGAUAGAGUUAAACAAAAUUGAUAUUUGGAUGCAGAUUCAUGAUCUUCCGGAUGGCUUCUACCCUAAGAUUAAAGCCUUAUCUGCAACAGUGGGAGAGUUCAUCUAUGCGGAGACCAAGUCGCAUGAUUUUGAAGGUAACUUUGCAAGGAUCAGAGUUAGAAUUAAUGUUACAAAACCUCUCAAGAACACAGUUUCGCUGGUGAUAAAGAAGAAAGACACAGUCCAAAGGGUCAUCUUUAGGGUGAAGUAUGAGCGUCUCCCGGACUGGUGUGCUGUUUGUGGAUACCUUGGGCAUCUUUUCAAGGAAUGUGGAGACGGAGUUCACCCUCCUAAGGCGCUAUUCUUCAAAGAUUUAAAAGCAACUUGGUCAAGAGGACCUGGGAGAGGUCCGGGAGAAGGAAGAGGAGCAGCUGACAGUUCAGGAGGACGGGGAGGGCGCGGCCGAGGCUGGUCUGGCAGAGGCCGGGGCCGGGGCCCGCCCCAACCUAACGCUGUUGAUGGAUACAAUGACUUGGGCACCGAUGGUCAUGACAGUGAUGUGGCUAUGAGCGAUGGAGAAAACAACAAGAAAAGAGGGGUCGCUGCAGCUGAACAAGUCCUUGGUGUGAUGGGAAACACAAGCAAGCAGCUGCUGUUGCCUCCCCCGGAGAUACCAACGAGCCCCUCAACGGUGCAAGAACCAAAGAGGAACAAGCUGAGUUCUGCAAAUUCAGAGAAAAAUACUGGGAAGAACACCUUGAUCAACAAAAACCUUGAUGCGCGUUUGGCGGGCCUCCAAGGGGGGUCUCGCCAUGCGCAAUGA